AUGUAUAUAACAGCGAAUGUCUAACCCCUCUUAGGAGCCACCAUUUUAUUUUAAUUUAUUUCCUAUUUUCCCAGCUAAUGUUUCAUUUAGACUGAAAAGUGGAUGUUAAAAUGAACUAAUUUUACUGGCUGCCUACGGUGAAGUGAAUUUUGAUCGACUGAUCUACUCAAAGUCGUUUACAAACUCGAAUUCAGUGCUUACGUAAUAUUUUUUUUUGGAAUCUUUUCAUCGAGUGUUUUACGGGACUCUUAGAAAGAGGCCAGGAGCGGUAUGCCAACUGGCCCCUAGGGCAUGCUCUGCGGGGCCAUCUGGUCCGCCGCGCCGGUGUCACUGCGCGGACUGGCGCCCCCCCUCCCCGCCGCACGCCCCGCCAUACUCGCCGCGCUCGUCAUGCACGCGCUACACGACCACCGGAUCGAUGAUGACUCCAGUUUCAUAGAGAAUGGUCUGCUCUCUUACGAGAAUCCGAACUACCACUUGGACCCGUCGCGGCUCGAGUCUGCGAUAUACAGUGACCUGUACGACAUGCACGACGACAAGAACCUGCCAGACGACUAUGACGCUUAUCUCGACAACAGAAGAGUCGAAGAUGAGACCACAUCACCAGUUAAAACAAAUGAAAAAAGCGGCCUCAUCACCCCCCAAAAUGGCGGGGAAGAGUCCCCCCCACCGGAGAAGGAGCGGGCCGACCAGGAGGACACAGAGAAGAGUCACUCCGGGCCAGUGCCCCACUCCGCCGAGGGGCCCAAUGAUGACCUGUACGCGAUACCUGUGAAGCUCAGGCCGAAGAAGGAACCACAGUUACCUCCAGGGUGGGAGAAGCAUGAAGAUAACGACGGGCCCUAUUACUGGCACAUAAAGAGCGGCACGAUCCAACGGGAGAUACCCAAGAUGCCUCCGGUGGAAGCCAAGGAGUCUCGCAUCUCCAUGGUCCGGGACUGCUCCAACCUGUCCGACGUGAAGUACGAGGCGGUCAUGACUACGUCCGUCACGAGGAGUACCACGAGCGGGUGUCUGGAUCAUGUAGACCAGGAGGAGAGGAAGCGGAAAGAGGAUAUGUCGUUUAAACGCCGCAGUUUCCCGGCCCGCCCCGAGCCAGACGCAGCUCGAGCAGUCCGCUUCUUCGUCCGGUCCCUCGGAUGGGUCGAGAUAUCAGAGGCGGACCUCACGCCAGAGAGAUCCAGUCGCGCCGUCAACAAGUGCAUCGUGGACCUUAGCUUGGGCCGCAACGAUUUGUUAGACCAAGUCGGACGCUGGGGUGAUGGCAAAGACCUGUUCAUGGACCUGGAUGACGGAGCCCUGAAGUUGAUCGACCCCGAGAGCCUCACCACACUCCACACACAACCCAUACACACCAUCCGCGUGUGGGGAGUUGGCAGGGAUAACGGACGGGACUUCGCAUACGUGGCACGCGAUCGCGCGACGCGCAAACAUAUGUGCCACGUGUUCCGCUGCGAAGCGCCGGCGCGAACGAUCGCGAACGCUCUCCGCGACAUCUGCAAGCGAAUCAUGAUCGAGCGCUCGCUGCAGCCGCCGCCCCGCCCCACCGACCUGCCCGCCGCGCGCCGGCCCCGCCCGCUCUCCGGUACGUUUCCGUUGCAAGGUGCAUCAUUCCCCACACCAAUGGAGGAGCCGAGGAAGACUGUUCGGGCUAGGUACCUCGGCAGUGCGGAGGUGACGAGAGCCACUGGCAUGGACGUGCUAAAUGACGCCCUAGACAGACUCGCGGCGGCCAGAGCCCCGUGUGCUUGGAGACCAGUCGCUGUUGCUGUCGCACCUUCCAUGAUCACCAUUACUGAGGAAGGGGAGACGACCCCAAUAGUGGAGUGCCGCGUGCGCUACCUCUCGUUCCUGGGCAUCGGGCGCGACGUGCGGCGCUGCGCGUUCAUCGUGCACACCGCUCAGGACCUGUUCGUCGCGCACGCCUUCCACGCCGAGCCUUCUUCGGGCGCGCUCUGUAAGACUAUUGAGGCUGCUUGCAAGCUCCGCUACCAGAAAUGCCUGGACGCGCACGGCGGGGCGGCGUCGCUGGGCAGCGGCGGCAGCGCGGGCGCGGAGGCGGGCCGCGGGUCGUUGGGGCAGGCGCUCAAGUCCUUCGUGGGCUCGCUGACCGGCCGCCGCGCCUCCUGAACCGCGGACGACGGCCCGCCAACAGAGACAAGCUACCAGACCGGCGACGAGCCAUCGAGUCUUCUCACCGGCGCGUAGUCUCGCAUCGCAUUGCACUGCACCGCACGCUUGCUCACACGGUUCAUACACAGCGGGUUUUCUUGGCCGACGAAGACGAGCGAGGGUAACCAUGCCGGUAAUGGUCAUUGCACAAUACCAGGAAGACUACAAUCAACAAUUACACGAUUCAAAUGCAAAGCAGUUCAAUUUAGGAUUCUGAAAUUAAUUUCUAAAUCUAAGAGAAUUACUAAAACUUAUGAGACAAAAUUUUCGAAAUUACAGUUGUUACAGUUUUUCUGUGAAAAAGUAUAGAUAAAACAAUCUUAUUUUUACCCAUUUACUGUGGCUGUGUGUAGUCUGUAUAAUGACAAUACAAAUAACAAAGCGUGCAAUGGUUUACAAGAAUGACGUUGGUGUCUUACUCACACAAUGUGUGAGCGAGACAGCAAUACCGCCGCCAUUUUUGUAUACAUUAACGGCAUGAGUUCGUUCGUGAAGUUAGUUUUAAGGACUGGAAAAUUAUGAUUCAAUAUUUUUAGCCCAAAUAAUUACAUUUUGUUUUAUUGAAUGUAACGUUAAAGAUACAUACAUAUACAUUGUGCAAUAUAACAGCCAAAUAGAAAGGUUAUGACGAUAUAGUCUACUUUAAUAAACACACAUACUUACAUAUCUACUUAGUUGUUUUAUACCAACAACAAAUAUUAUAGUAUAGGUUUUGUAAUGCAAUUUGAAUAUUUAAACAAUGUUUAUAACCAAUAGAAAAAUUAAUACAAAUACUAUUUGUUUAAUUGUAUUAUUUGGUCUAAGUAAUUGCAUAAAUAUUUUCUUUUUAUUCAAUAUCUUAGUUUCUGAGAUAUCAAUAAAUGUAAAACUGACAAAGAUAGGCAUUAUACUUUUUGAAAAAAACUUUUAUCAGAUUAAUCAUGAAAAAAUUGAAAAUAUAUAUUUCAUUAUAUAUGAUUAUGAUAAAUUAAAUAUACUUAAUGUGUGUUAAAGUUAAAAAAUAUGGUAACAUUUAUAAGUGAGUAUACUUAGUUGCCCCAAUGUAAGUAAAUAGUUGGCUAUCCACCUGUGUGUAAUCGAAAUAUAUACCAAAAACUAAUGUGUAAGCGUAUGUUAUCUUAAUAUAAUUGUAUCUUGUGUAUCUUGGGGUGACUGCAUACAAUACUUAACAUAUAAGUAACUUUAUAUCAACUGCUGAAAUUAAAUUCCAGAUUUCAUUUCAUUAAAUUAAAUGUCUCUUGAACUUCUCCCUUGAACCAGAAAAGUGUAUGGACUAGAAAAUUUACUUUUUACUUAACAUUUUCUUUAAAAAAUGUGCUAGAAUAUUAUUAUUUUUUAAUAAACCGUUACGUAUGAAGAUUGGUAAAAAGAAAAUGGAUCAGCUUAUCAUCGUCAUUGUUGUAAUUUUUACAGCUUUUGCUUUUCAUAGAAAUAUAUAAAAAAUGUUUCAUCCAUAUAGUUGUUUAUUGGAUUUUUCCCAAAGAGUAUUUUCACUUUUCCAUUUAUUUAUUAAAUAUUUUCUUUGAUUUCUGUUCAGUUAGCUACAGAUAAGUCUUUCUGUAACUCGCUUCAAGCUUGAUCUGAAUUUUACAAAAUUAAUUAAUUAUUGGGUGACAUAUAUCGUUUAAUUUUAAUAAAUAAGUUACCUUUUUAAUUCCUAGUCCAUAGAUAGUAGGACCGAUAUGCUUAUGUAUAUUUGUGCAGUGUUUACAGUCACAUUCACAUUGAGAAUAGAUUAAUUGACGUUAAAAUAGUAUUUGGUGUAAAUUAAUUAAGAUUAUAAUAUAUUGGUUAGGACACAUGGUUUGUAAAUAACUGAGAACUUUAUUGUGUUAGUCAUAAGGUAGUUAAUUGAAUGUUGGAAGAUUUGCAAAUAUGCGAUUAUGUGACCACCAAGGAUUUUAAGAUUUUAAAAUAUUUGCCAUUUCGCUUAUACUAUGGGUGGUCAUAAGAGUGUGUAGUACUCUUGAAAGAAGUUGUUUCACCAUAUAACCACAACAUUAUAUGCUUUACAAAUAUGACUAUGGAAGACUGUUAAAUCAAUCGUGAGUCGCAAGUAGUUUUGGUCGAAUUAUAUAGGUUUCAUUUCAGACCUACUAUGUUCUUCAAACCUUUACAUAAUGAAUAUUGAAGUGCCAGUGAAAGAGCCAUGCUGUUUUUAAUUUUCUGUAAAUAAAUUAACAUUUCUUUCAUAAUCUAUACCAAUGGUAUUGCUAAAUCAUGGCUGCCCGUAGUUGUGAAGAAUAUAGUUAUCAUAUAGUGUAUUCUUUAGCAAUCCAAAGUGCGAAGAACGCUAUAUUCCCUCACAGAAAAAGCGGAUAGUUAGCAUUAUAGGCAUAGUUAAUUAACUAUAUGCCAUGUACUUAGGCUAUUUUUAAUACAUUGUAUAUGAUUGGAAAUAUUGGAAUGCCUGGACAUUGGUAUCGAGCACGGUAUGAACUAGAAUUAAGACUUCGAUGAUCUGAAUAGUGGACAAUUCCACUGCGUAGCAUAAUUUUAAUUGAAAUGAAUAGGAUCCUAUUGAUUAUAAUAAAGAGUUUAUUUUUGCUUAAGCUUGUAAGAAAUAAAAAUUUUUGAAAGUUCGAUUGCUAAAGAAGAAUAUUUUUUGUAUAACACCGCAUUAUGUAUUAAAAAAAUAUAGUGUAAUAUCUGCUUGUUGGGCGUAAAAAUUUGUUCAAAGUAUGGACCGAAGCUUUUUAAAGCAUAAUUAAUUGAAAUACAAUAAUUGUUGGAUCAGUAUUACCAUGAUGGGCUUAAAAUAGUUAGUCAUUAGGAAGCUUAAGCUAUUUUAAAAGGUUGGAAUACACACCCAUGGUAAUACUUUCACAACGAUAUGCAAAACCUCAUCAUAACAAGGGUGUUAGAAACACGUUGAGCUUUCAAUAAAUAUUAUAUUUAUACCACAUAAUAUCAUAAAGUAAUCCAUUUAAUACACUAGAUAGAAAACAGCCGCCAUUUUGUGUAAAUAGAGGAAUCAAAAUGGCCGCGCGGUUCAAAUAUAGAACGCGUAGGAAUAGAUUUUGUUAUUCAAAGGUUUUUAUAAGAGAUCUGGGACCCACCAACACGAAUUGACGUUAUGGAGUCGAACGACGUAUGUUAAGAAUGUUAAAGUGCAUCUGUGUCUGUUACACGAAAAGUAAAAUAGAUAAAUAAUGUAAUUUCAAGAAGGGAAGAGAUAGACCUUUGAAAUUUGAUUUUAGCGUGUAAUUCAUCUUCAAUAAUCGUUUUGCACGAAGUCAUUUGGCAAUAUUGGCAUGUAAAGGUCAUUUUCUUCCCAAUAAUGUAAGUUUAGGUCACAACUAGCUUCAAAUUAUAUUUCAAAAUAUUAGAAUCAGUGUCGCUUUGAUUAUAUAAAUGUCAUACACUGAGCUAUCAGGCUGUUCUAUUAUACGUAAAAUAGAGUUACUCACAUGUUAAAAUUAAGGAUUAAAUCAUUAUUUAUACAAAGUUAUAUAUAAAUGAUAUUCGGCGGCGCACGCUAGGUCCGAGUAUGUGAUGGCUGGUCGAAUACGUCCCUCGCGCGACUUUGUGGAAUUACCUAUCGAAGAAUUUGGAAUUAUGUAAUAUUUUAUCGCAGAAAUAAUAAUUAAAAAUCACCAAAUGUCUAUAUAGGUCUUUUAUAAAACAGUGCAAAAAUAAGGUGUUAUCAAACUAGAGGCAAGUAGUCAUUAGAAUACGGUAAGAGGAGAAAAUAUCUUAAUCCUAUUGGUACAAAUUAUUCACACUCCAAUAGAAGCACUUCACGUAACCAUUGUCCAAGGAAUAAAUCAUAAUAACUGCUUAUAUAUAAAAAUUCUCACGUUCCAACGCGCACGAGGGACCAUAUUGACCAAGGGGUAAGGGUUUUCACACAUCUGAGGUCGAAGUGCGGGUUUGCAUUUGUCACUAUCGAAUUGAUUCGAAGUGAGACGCAGCGAACCAAUCACAUUGAGGUGUGGUUGUCGUUGCGUCACAAUGGCGCGCUGUGAUUGGUUGGCUGCGAAUUCUCACUGCGAAUCGACUCGAUGGUGAGAUGUAUAGCAAAGUUGCAUUACGCACACUGAUGCGAUUCAUUCUAUUGAAUGCCUUGUAUAUGCGAGAUUUGACACAUGAUAAUUGAGUCUUGAGUCGGUAACUAAUUAUGGCACAUCGCAAUACAAGCAGGUAACAACAUUUUGCGUAAGAGAGCGGCUCUUUCAUGCUCCGUUUUGACGUCCGUCAAUGGACAACAACCUGCCACAUAUGAAGUGUACGAUGUCCGAUGUGUGGCAACCCUAAGUGUGCGCAUUGAAUAAGCAAUAGUUGCAAGCUUAAACUGCCUUCGGACUCAAUAUGGAUAUUUUCUAUAAAAUAUAAACCUUUAUAACGUAGUUAUUAGAUAGCUUCAACCCGAUUAGUUCACGGUUGGGUUACGUUGGAGCGUAUCGUCAUCCGCUUCGACAGCUUAAAAGCCUUCAAACUGUGGCUUUUAAUGACUUUUGUGAAAUUAAUAAAAAAAUAUUUAUAAACAUAAUAUCA